CUCAUAUAUUGAUCAAAAGCAAGUUUACAUAUUUACAAAUAAGAAUGAUGAUGAUUUAGGCUAAUCUGUGUAUACAUAUUUAAAAUUGGGUAUGAGGAUGAUAUAGGCAAAUGUGCGCCAUUGUCAAUUUGUCAUCCCUAACAUUUAGUAGAUAAGAGGUAACUGAUAUGAGCUGGGCCAAUGGCCUGUUGAUAGAAUGGUCUAGGCCCAUAGUCAGUGUUGCAUGGAUCAAAAUAGAGAACGCGAAGACUUGAAAAUUCCAGUUCUCAGUUCGUCAGUUCCCUAAUCCCAGGAUAUUCGUGAGCUCAGAUUCGGUGACAGAAUUGUUGUGCUGAUACAUCCAGAGUGACCGGAGAACUCAACUUUCCCUUCAGAAAUUCAGUACAACCUGAGGCGGAGAUAAAAGCUCGCCGCUUUUUUCUAUCUCCUCUGUUCUUGUUCUUCACCCAGAAAGAAUUCAACCAAGAAAACUCUUUUUUCUUACUUGGAAAUGUUCCGCGACGUGAUUUCGUGAAAAGGGUCGACUAAUGGUGUUUGGGGAAGAUUAAAUUUGGAGUCUUUUCAAGCUUUUGGAGGUGGGUUUUCAAGCACCCAGAAAUUGUGGUGGGGGAACUCUUUGUUCUUUGGUCUUGCUGAUCCAAAUCUCCCAAAACCCUUUCUUACAGGAGAAAAUGGGCUCUGAAGAAGGAGAAGGAAGGUCGGUGCAAUCGUGGAGCGUGUUUGAUACGAUCAAGAAGUUCCCAUCUAGCCCUGAAGACCUUAUGGCUGAGAUCGACGCUGCAAUUACUAAAUUGGAGAGUGAGCGGUCCACUGCUUUGCUCGACUCUCUGUCGCCGGUCAACGCAAAUGGUAGUGGUAACUGUAAGGGCUCUGAUCAGCCGCCGAUUGCUACAGAUUCUCAAUAUGAUGCCAGGAUUGCAGAUGAAGCUUAUCGAGCUGGUUGUGCAGCUUUUGCCGUUGGGAAGCUUGAUGAGGCUCUUCAGUCGUUGACUGUCUCUCUCUCCAAGUGUCCUCCUGAGAAGACCUCUGCUAUUGCCAAGCUUGAGUCCCUCAUUUCUCUUACCUCCCAAGAACUUCACAAAUCGCCUUCUUUGACAGUUUAAGACGUUUAAUUUUGAAGACUUCCAUUGAUGAUAAAUGAUAAUGCUGAGGAUCUUUGUUGUGUGUGGAUUCUCAAUGAUGCUUGCCUGGCUACUGACCAGUAAAAUGUACAUGUUUGUUUGUUAGUCUUUUGAUGCCGGGUUAGAGCUCUGGUUGUUUGGUUGAUGGAUUGUGCAGAGAUGGUUCGUUACUGUGACAAGAAUGUAUUGUUUGGCUAUGAAAUAUGGACGAUAGAUCGUGAGUUAGUUUGGAUUCUGAAAUUCAACUUCCAGAUGGCUCUUGAAUUCCAUAGGAGUUGUUUGAAGGAUGUAUUGUGAAUUUUUGAUAAUAGUUCGAUGUAAUGUAGUCUGACAGUCUUUCCAUUUCAUUUAUCUGUAUAUUUUCAAAACUCUGUGAACCAACUGAUCCUUGAUUCAACUUUCUUAAUUUCACGGCUGCUGUACCUUUACAGUCAGUACUGUGCAGAGUGCUGCUGGUUCAUAAGUAGGCCUACUGCUCUGAUAAUCCAUUUUUAUCUUCCACAGCCUAUAUUGCGUAUGCCUAAACUUAUCUGGUUAAAGUGCCUGAAAGUGAGACGUGAAGAAUCCAACUUCAGUGUUUGGUGGAAGACAGGUCCACCAUAUCCUCCACAAUUAAGGUUUUGUUCAUCGCAUUCCCAAAUCUGCAACUGCUGUUUACCAGACGCAAUAGUUCUUACCAUAGCUGGACAUCCUUUAUUGAGCACUGUAACGUUGUCAAAUUAUGUUGAUGGAGGGAGACCUAGCUGUAGAAGCUACUUUUUUUUUUAAAGCUGAAGAGUAAAGUGACCACAUCAUGACAAUAACAUGCUAAAGUGACUUCAUGUAGGUGGAGUUGAAGUAUCAAAGGUCAAAAGGGGUGAAACGUGAAGCUUCAUUUCUCAACAGUAUUUCUUCCCCAUCUGCACAUUCAUCAGGAAGCCUAAUUUUUUCUGCAAGUGCCUUGAUGAAGAUGAUGACGUUGAUUCAGUUUCUCCCUCAACUAUUCGAGGAAAAUUUAUUGUUUCCACGAUUCGAAGACCAAAACAUGAACGAAAAUUAGAAUGGUGGACAAGAAAGAACACAGAAAAAAUGCAAAGAUGGUAACAUGAAAGACACAAUCCUUAUGUACGCUUUGUGUCAACUAUGUUCUGCAUUUCCCUUUCCUCUUCACUAGAUCUAUAGAUUAGCGACGGAAGGCUACAUAUGUGGAACAUUAAUGCAUCACACUAUCAUUUGUGUUAUUUUAAUCCCGUGUACAUCACAAUUAUUCUAUCACAAAUCUCAUUAUACAAAAAAAAAAUAUUCGAUCACAAGUCGAAUGAAUGACUACCUGAUAUAUGAUACUUAUGCCUACCUCAUUUAACAAGGUAAUCAAAUUUAAAAUAGGAAUUUACCGAUGAUAUUAACAUACAUAAUUUUUAGGGUUAAAGAACAAACACAAUCUCCCCAAUUAAUUUUCAGAUUUCUUUUGCCACAUUGAUUGUUCAAAGGAGGUUCUCAUCUUUCUAGUAAUGAACAACUUCAAAAAGGAGGGUGGAAUGGAAGAAAAAGGAAAACCAGUCACACACAGUUUGGUGUAAUGGUCAUGUCUCCUUUUCACCAUAACUAGCCUUCAUCUUCAAAGUGUGGGGUGUUAUAAAGUGACGAAAUGUGC